UCUGUUUCUGCCUGCGUUUUAUUGUGUACCUCUGUACGCAUGUAUGUAUGUGUGUACUGUGUAUGUAGAGCUCGCGCGCGCGCAGAGCCGAGGCGUCAUGUCGCGCGUGCUUUGCAACGCAAGAACCGCGGAACGGAGCAGCAGGUGCAAAAACCACACCGCCACUGUAGAUGCGCUUUCGUGGCAAUAUUCUGCAGCACUCCCACAAUAAGCAUUUGUGCGUGUGUGUAAGUGCGAUGUGUGUGUCUGUUUGCGUGUAUACAUGCACACAUAAACUGCACCACUCAUACAAGCUCACGCACUGAGAACUGCUGCUGCUGCUGCUGCUGCUGCUAUGUGCGCCAGCAGAGUUAUGUGUGAAAAAUAUAGGAGAGGGAAUGAUUGACGCCACCAGUACUUGUGCACCCUAGCCUAAAUAAGCAAUCAAUAAAUUCGCCAGAUUGUUUACCUUUCGCUCUCGAAGGGCCCCGUCUCUCGUGUCUGUGUCGAGUGUGUGCAGCGCGUGGCCCCGUUGUUGUUCGUGCAAGAGAUUCUCAUGCAUCGUCGAAUUGGCUGGCCGUCGUCGCGAGGCAAGUGAGCGGACUUACGCGCCUCGCUCGCUCGCGCAAAUUUCGCCUUCAUUGUCAUUGUGCAGUCGAGCAAAAGAAAGAGGAAAUAAUACGAUAAACUGCGUGCCAGAGCUGUUUUCUGGGGCCCUUUUCUCAUUCACCGACUUUCCAUGUACGCGUAGAGCAGUACGUCCCCAAAAAAAAGUUCAGCCGAGAUAAGCAAUGGACGCCUACAACGUACUCAAUAAUAUAAGAGUCAAAUCGGAGCCGAUCGAGAAGCAGCUAUGUGAUCCAAACUCGUACCUGAUGAAAAACGUACGAAAUCACGGCGGCAAUCAUUUAGCCAUGAACGUAUCCGCAGUCGCGAGUGGCGUUCCACCGGAAUUUCACUCAGCGUACGAGGAAAUUUUCAACGAAUUCAACGAUUGUAAAGACGUGAAGCCACACUUUGGCCUGAUGUAUCCGGGCACGUCGGACAAUCUGCGAAAUUGGCUGCUGAACGACGUAAAAAUGGAAAACGGCCUGGCCAGUCGCUACCGAUUGACCAACGACGAGAUGUCGCAGUUCAAGGCCGACCCCUACGACCUCGGCGGCAAGGACAUGCGCAUGAACAACAACAACAAAUUCAACCACAUGAUGGGCCAGCAAGCCGCGGCGGCGGCGGCGAUGAUGGACAAACAGAGGCUCGGCGCCGCCGCCGUGGCUGGCAGUAGCGUCGGCGGUAUCGGGCCCAGCCCCGCCGGCGUCGGCUUAUCGGCCCCUGGAGUUGCUGGCGUCGGCCUCAAGGACCCCAGCGACCUGCCCAAGUGCGACGAGUGCAACAAGACCUUCACCCAGCGCAGCAAACUCAAGCAGCACGUGGAGAUCGUGCACCGCAGCAUCCGCGCCCACGAGUGCGACCUGUGCCUCAAGAAGUUCGGCUACAAGAACCACCUGAUGAAGCACAUCGACACUGUGCAUCGGGGCAUCAAGGCCUUCGAGUGCACGGUCUGCCACAAGGUGUUCGGGGUAAAGGGCACUCUGAAGCGCCACGUGACCACGGUGCACGGCGAGACCAAGACCGAGUUCGAGUGCACGGCCUGUCGCUCGGUCUACACCAGCGGCUCGGGCGUCAACCUCAAGCGGCAGAACGCCCGGGCCUUCGACUGCGACGCCUGUCACAAGUCCUUCGGGCGCAAGGACACGCUCAACAAUCACGUGGACAUGGUCCACCGCGGCGUGAGGACCGCCAUACGCGCCUUCGAGUGCCAGGUGUGCCACAAGACGUUCACGCGCAACGACCACCUCAAGACCCACAUAGACGCCGUGCACCUGGGCAUCAAGGCGCACAAGUGCGAGGUCUGCCACGAGAGCUUCGCGCGCAAGGGCGAUCUCAAUAGACACGUCGACACGAUUCACCGGGCGAUCAAGCUCACCCGAGUGCGAGGCGUGCCGCAGGAGCUCUGGACGUAGACGCAAGCUCGUGCUGCGCCGCGCCAUCUCCGCCGCGCAUCUACGCGCUUGAUUGAUGAAGCAAAAAAAUUACAACAACAGAAAACAACAACAAACAUAUGUUAUUAUUAAUCUACUGCACACCAAAAUAGCUUAAUUCCUUGAUUUGUUAAUGUUGCAAUGAACAUUAUUUGAGCGAGUGGCGACGAGUGUGACCCGACCUAGGGCAGCGAGAUUGGGAGAGAGUGUGGCCCGACGAGCGGUUAACGAUAGAAAUAUUGCAAUGACCGCGAGACGAGCCGAUUGAGAAAACAUGCGAGAAAGGACACUUGUAACAGAUCUUUGUUUUAAUGUCGAAAGUAUGUGAAUGCCGCAAAGUACUAUAUUACAUAC